AUGCCCUACAAUACCCGUCGCAAGUCGCUCUCUCUGCCCUCCCUGGGAAUCCACGUCCCCGUCACCCUGGCAGAACGCGACGCCGCCAGAGCUGCCGCCGCUGCAAGUCGACUCUCGCCUAGCCAAAGCCAUAGCGCAUCUUCCUCCACAUCCUCAGCAUCAUCAUCGAUGACGAACUCGCCCUCCUUCCACUCCCCACGGAGCCCCUCCACCCCCGCCGACAUGGACGCUCAGACCCAUGCCUCCAAGAAGAUAAAGCGCUCGCAUGCUGGCGACGACACGCCCGCCGCCAAGCGCCAUCAGCCCGCCGCAAAUAAGCUGCCCCCGUCUCCGCCAAGAUCCAGAGCAUCCUCCGUCGAGAUGAAGGACGCCGCCGACCCGGCCACGCCCUCCACAAAGGUCGACCUGAGCACCGUCAACGACGAGAUCGUUGAGGCCGUCAUCGUCCAGCUCCAGACUGCGGGCAACCGCCCCCACAUAGUCAAGGAGCUCGUCCCCGUCCUGAUGCAACAGCUCAAGAUCGUCCAACAAUCCGCAAAUCCCUCCGCGAUCAUCUCCUCGCGACUGUCAACCUACCUCAAGCGCUCCUGCUGGAACGCAAAUAACCCUUGCCCCAUGGCCAAGGAGCUCGAGACAGUCCACCCGCGCAGGACCUACUUCUACCUCACAACAUGCCCCCACGGGCCCCUGCCCGAGCCGACCAUGGCAGCCCUGGCCGCGGCGCAUGCGCGCACACUUGUCACGCCGAGCGCGACGUCGGCGUCGGAGGACGCCGAUGACGAUCGGAGGAGAGAGCUCAGCCCCUCGCCCGAGGUGGACCUGUCGUCGCCCGAGUUCGACGACGUCGACGAUGACAUGCCCAUGCCCGCCACCCCCGUCGGGUCCUUCUCUGGGCGCCAGAUCCCCACCCUCGUCCUGCCGGUGCAGACCCAACGAGGGGCGUCGCCGCCGCUCGAGAAGGACGAGAAGGAGUUCACCCAGACGGCCGACGGCCUGCAAAAACGCAAGCUCAGCGGCGAGCUGCUGCCCGUCAAGUCGGAGCUCGUCGUCCAGAGCACGGAGCUGGACGAGCACGCCAAGGACGACAGCCUGUUUGGCGAGCCCAAGGCCGGUGCCGCCGCCACGAACCCCCCACCGAUGGCCUUCAUGGCCAGCCCGGCGAUGCGCCCUGCCUUCUCCAUUAGCACCAAGAAGGAGGGUGAGAUGGACGGCUGGGCCAAGCUCGACAGCCUCUUGGAAUGGGACCGGAGCCCGGAGACGAUCGAGCUCGACGAGCUCGACUGCCUGCUGAACGACUAUUAA